GAUUAUCACACGCUGGUUGUCCGUGUACUUGAUGCCAGCUGAAGGACAGAAAACAUAGAAGCGACAGUAAGCCCAAACAUAACAACGCAAGUGCUCGAAUGUGCAAUGCCCUUGCCAUGCGAUUUAAUAAUGACAUUCGGAUGCAAAAGAAAAAUGCCGUAAAAGGGAAAUGCAGAAGCCCGAGUAUGGAAAAUAGCUAUCGGUCCUCCCGAGAAAUCCCCCCAAACGAAGAUCAGAAAACAGCUGAAAUUCCAAUUUCACAUAAAAUUCAACCCCUACCCAAUGCUAUCGAUUAUCGUCUGGACUUGGCAUUGAUUUUGCGAGUUUUUUAGUCAAUUAAAAAGUGUGUGACUGAGUUGACCCAGCGUUCGCACCAUGGAACACUCGAAUGGUGGCAGCAAGCCUAGUACAGAUCAACCAGAGCCACCUCUUCCACAGUCCUCGGCGAUGAUUCCCUCGUGCGAAGGUUGGAGCAGCAAACGGAAGCUCUAUGCCAUCGAGGAGCGCGAGGAGAGUUCGCCGGUGACUGUGGGCAAGGCGGAUGCUGAUCUGGCCUACGAUGCAGAUGUGGACGAGCUGGAGCAGCUGGAUCAGCCCACGGGUGAGCGUGAGAUCAUCUACGAACUGUUCCAGCCCUGGGCCCUCAGCACAUAUGGCGAUCAGGCCAAGACCAAGACGAUAACACUGCGCAAGAAGGCGCGCAUUCUGAAGGCGCUGGAGGGCAAGGAGCACAGUCGCCCCGACAGCUCCAAGUUUCGUUUCUGGGUCAAGACAAAGGGCUUCACCACCAACCGGCCCGAUGGCUUUGAAGAGGCUCCCGGCAGUCGACGCCGCAUGAAACCCCUGCCCAGCUCAGCCAUUCUGUCCGACAAUCCCGGCGACGUGGACCUCUUUGCCGCCUCCACCAGCAAGGGGUUCGGGCGUCGGACCUACCGCAAAGUGGCUUGUGUGGAGGAGUUCUUCGACAUCAUAUACAACGUGCACAUGGAGCUGGGCGGACGCAGUGGCAUGCACGCUGGUCAGAAACGCACCUACCGCAUUAUCACCGAAACCUACGCGUUUCUGCCCCGCGAGGCGGUCACCCGCUUCCUGACCAUCUGUCCCGAGUGCAAGAAGAACCUGCGACCCUCCUCGCCAUCAGCGGGUGGAAAGGACUCCGACCUGGCUGGCAACGAGAGCUCCUCGGAAGUGGAGAACUACCUCAACUACUCGUCCCACACGGAGAGUUCGUUGGAGGCGGGGCCAACGGCCAAGCGCCGCCGGCACUCGAGUGCCGACCUCAAGGCCUCACAGCCGGUGGUGGCCAGUGGCUUGGGACUGGGACUGGGUCCAGCUGUCGUGGCCAGCAGCUCUAGUGCCACUCAGCUGGAUGUCAUGGGAACUGGACCGCCGCCCAGCCGCAGCCCCAAGCCACCGAAGGCGCUGCAGGCGGCUGUUGAAACCACGCCGGUUAGCGUGCCCAAAAUCCGGGUCAAGACUCAGUUGCAACGUCCAACGGGUCCAACGGAUCAGUCCCAGGCUGAUCUUAAUACCAAUCCCCAAUCUAAUCGCCAAUCCCAAUCCCAGUGCCAAACCCAACCCGAUCCCCAAUGCUUUGAUGUACAGCUGUUGAAGUCGCGGGAUAAUCUUCUGCGAUACUAUGACUUCAUGAGGCGCUUCUAUGCCGGCGAACCGGUUUUAGCGCCGCCCAUCUCCGGCAGCAGCCUUUUGCAGAGCCUCAGCUAUCCAACCACCACCUCGACGGCUGCCGCAGCAACCCCUACGACCCCUACUACCCCUACUGCUAUUAUCUCAGCCCAUAGCAAGAUACUGGCCCCUCCCAGGGCCACCUCUCCAGGUCCCAAUACCAAUCCCAAUCCCAAUCCAAAUCCGAUCAAGACCUCGCCGGACAGUUCGAUGCGGGCACGCUCGCCGGAGGCUUCGACAGCCAAGCCUAGUGUCGCCGCCAGGGAUAAUGUACUCACACCGAUUAAUCUAACGAAAUCUAUAUCUUGCAGCUUGAAAACAGGACAUCCAGCCUCCACAUCUACGCCAGUGCCGCUCAAGCAGGAGCUGCCUAGUCCACCGAAGCCACUGCCGGAACUUCGAAUUCCGCAACUACGAGGACUUCCGCCCGUGGAGUUAUCCUUGCCGCUGCCGCCGUUGGACUUGGAGCGACUGAAGCCCAUCACCUCGACUUACUUGCAAUUGACCCGCAGCAUGGGACUCAGCGAUGAGGAUGCCUUGCGGUUCGAUAACCUGGAAACAAUUCCGGCAACACCGGUGGUGAGCACCGACUCUUCCAGCGUGGUUGGUGUUGGGGGCGUCGCCGGAGGAGGGGGCGUGGCUGGCGCUGGAGGUGGCGGCAGCGGAGUGGGUGGCACCGGCGGACUCCUGGGAGAGGUGGUCAGUGGACUGGGCGGCGGCCUGGUCAGCGAAUCGGAUGCGUAUGCCGGCCUGAUGAAGGACGCCGACAAGCUCAAGCUGAUGCUGCUGGCCUGGAACUACCAGAAUUCGACGGCGGUCCGCAACGGGACCGAGGGUCCGGACUUGAGCGUGGUGGGCGGUCUGUGGGCGCAGUACCAGAACGCCCUGGCCCAGAACGCGGCUGCGGCGGCGGCGGCCAGUGGCAAGAUGGACAGCUCGUUGUCGCCGGUUCCACGGCAGGAUGCCCACUCGCCCAUGGAGACGCAGGACGAGACGAACUCGUCGGGCCAAAAGGAGGAGGACGAGGUCUCCGAGGACGACUCCGACGACAAGCUGGACGAGAAGCUGGCCACCACACACGAUCCCGAGCGGCUCAAGGCCUUCAAUAUGUUCGUGCGACUGUUUGUCGAUGAGAAUCUCGAUCGCAUCAUACCCAUCUCGAAGCAGCCCAAGGAGAAGAUCCAGGCCAUAAUCGACUCUUGUGCCCGGCAGUUUCCCGAGUUCAGCGACCGAUCCCGCAAACGCAUCCGCACCUAUCUCAAGUCGUGCCGUCGCAACAAGAAGACCCGCGAUGGAUGGGAAAAUACGACCCGACCCACGCCCGCCCAUCUGACGUCCGUGCAGGCGGAGCAAAUCCUGGCCAUCGCCUGCGAGAACGAGUCGAUGAACGCCAAGCGGAUGCGCAUCGGCCUGGAGCCCAUUACGCAUGCAGUUCCCGCUCCUGGAAGUGCUGUGGCCGCAGCAGCAGCGGCAGCGGCGGCCGCAGCGGUGGUGGCUGCCACCAGUUCGGGCGCCGGCGGCACCAGCACCACUUCCGCCGGCAAUGCCACUGUGACCUGCGGCGUGGGCGAUGCCGCCGGCCUGACCAGCGUGGCGGCCGCCGCUCUGCCCUUCGUCAGCGCCGUCGGCUUUGCCCGCUCCACGCCCAACUCGGAGCACGCUGACGUGCUGCCCUUUGGCGCAGCGGGCACUGUGGGCGGCAGCGGGGGCGGUGGUGCCGCCGGCGGGGGCGGGGGCGGCAUGAGCUCGGCGCGCAGCUCUCCCCUGGCUCUCAGCUCGAAUGCCAGUGUGAGCGGCGGCGCCAGCGUCACCGGAUUGACCCUGGCCAAUGGAGCAGGUGCCUCCAACGGAGCCGGGCUCCCGGCCAGCAGUCCCUACACCACGGACUUCAGCUCCCCCUCGACGGCCUCACCUUUUGUGGCUGCGGCUGCGGCCGUUGCCGCCGGCCGGGCUCCCAGCUAUCCGGGCUAUUUUCCCGGAGUAGCUGGCCUAGGAAAUGUUACGCCCACCGAUCUCUCGAUGAAGCCGACCAGCCUGUCCGGCGGCAACAUGGUCAGCAACAACAACAGCAACAGCUCCGUGGCCGGCAACAUCAAUUCGCAGCUGAGUGCCGCCAAUUUGGCCAGCCUGAGCAAUGCGAACAACAACAACGCACUGGUGACCGCCACCCAGCAGCUGCAGCAGCUCCAGCAGCAACAACAGCAGCAGCAACAGCAGCAGCAGCAACAGCAGCAGCAGCAACAACAGCAGCAACAGCAACAACUCCUGGUGGCCGGUGGUGGGGUGGACGGCCAGUCUGUCCGAGCGCCGCCCAUUCUGCCGCACAAGCUGAGCGCCAACGAGGUGACCGCCGCCCGGCAGGUGAUAUCCGCUUACCGCGAAAGCGCGGCAUUCCUGCUCCGUACCGCCGAUCAGGUGGAGCAGCUGCUCGUCCAGCAGCAGUAGGCGUGACGUGGGGCGAGGCCCGAGCGGGGUUGUUCCUAUUUUAAAUUAAAUUUAAAAUGAAUUACACACACUCCAGAAAACGGAAACAGAAACAGAAACAAAAACAGAAUCGAAACACACAAGCCAAAACUAAGCGAAAAUAGUCAAAACCAUAUAGCGCAAAACAGAAACGAAUUAAAACUGGCUCACAGGAUGCAAGGCAGAACCAUAUGUAGCUAAAGAAGUUCGUUCAAACAAAACAUUUUAAGUGUUUUUUCCUCCAACUACGUACAGCAUAUUUAAAAAUAGAACUUAUCGAUAAACAAAAACCAAAACCAAAAGAAAUAUUGCAAAUAUCACAACAGUAAAAUAGUAGAGCUGCCUAAGUUAGCUGACUUGGUUCUAAACUAAAUUCCAUGUAAACUUCACAAUGUCGGUUUCCAUAGGCAUAACAAAAAUAUCCACUGUAAGGAUGGUUUCAAUGGAUUCCCUCAAAUUUGUUCUUCUAUUUCUCUUCAAACUUAUUCCUUCGAAAUGAUCAACACUAGAUACCAUUCAGAAAGCACGGCGGCUCUAAUAAAAACAAAAAACCAAGCAGCAGUUCAACGUACUACAGUGUCUACUAAAAGUAUACCUACAAUAGCCAUACACAAACACUCGCAUUGAUUUUGUUUCAACUUUUUAUUAUCGCAUAUUUUUGGGCUCUCGUCACUAGGAGAGCCGCAGAUUCCGGGCCCGUUUUUAAAGUGCGCGAUUUGUUAAAACAAAUUUAAAUAUAAUAAAUAAGUUGAAGUAUUGUUGUAAAUUUUAAGCAAAUGGAAAAAAGGAAAAAACUAAAAAAAAAUCGUAAAACUAUGAGAAAACACAGGGUGAUACUUUGAAAAAUUAUUACAAUGCAUAAGCUAAAAAAUUAUAAAAGAAAAUGUAAAAAAAAUUUAUGGAAACGAAGUAAGGCAUAGAUGUUGGUAAAUGUGUAUUUAACGUUUAGAAAUUACAUUUGUAUACUGUUUCCAGGAUUUAUUGUUCUUGUUUGCUAUCAAUUGAGUUUUAUAUCUUAUUUCCUUUUUAUUAAGUGUAUAUAAUUUUCAAGUUUUUAUACUGAGACAUUUUAAAUUCAACUGUUGCUUUUGACUCACAUUCGAUUAUUAAAUAGAUACGGAAUAAAAUAUUUAAAUACAAAAUAGCCAUUCAUGUUUUUUGCAAAUAUAAAUGUGCAUGUAAAAAUAAGAAAACACUUACACGAAAACACAUAGAAACACAUGGAACAUCGGUAUGUAUGAGUGUGCAGAACGAAAUGGAGAACCGCUAAGCAAGCAAAUUAUAGAAUUUAAUUAUAUAAAUUAAUUGAUAAAAUUAUUUAACCACAAAUAAUUAUUGACUAAACCUAAAUAAAUACUCCAAACGAACUUGAUAAGCGGCUUGCAAGGCAGGAGAAAUAUUUAUACGGAAUACUUAAAUAUAAUGUAAUGUGUGGCAUUUGCAUUGAAGAGUAAACUAAUUAAACUAACACGAGGGCAACACAAGUGAAACAAGACAUUUUAAAACUCGAAUUAAUAAAGAAUUUAUGAGAAUUAUAUGUACAUUAAAAA